AUGAAAGAGUCUCCAGUAGCUAUUGAUAUUACUAUUGCUACUUUAAUUACAAUCUCACUUACCUCAGUCUACAUAGAUUACGUACAAGUGUCGGGCGAGGUUAUAAUCGCGAUAAUAACGAUUCUUACGAAUGGACUCGUUCUACUCGCCAUCGCUACUUACCCAUCCCUGCAAACCGUAACCAAUUACUUCGUAGCAUCCCUAUCGACUGCCGAUCUCUUUGUCGGUUUAAUCGGAAUACCGUGCGUGUUGACGACUAUGUACCAGCUCCCUGAGAACUUUUCAGGCUGUCUGACCCUGAAUACCAUGAUUGUCAUCCUGACGCAGAUCUCCAUCUUCAGCCUGCUGGUUAUUGCAGUUGAUAGGUUAUUUUGCGCCAUAAGAUAUCCAUUCGAAUACAACCGGAUCUGCACGCCGAAGCGAGCCGUCAUACUGAUAAUAAUAACUUGGGUGCUGUCUGUAGUUGUUACACUAAUGCCGUCUUUUGCUUGGAAUCUUAAGAACCAGGUGAACUUCGUAAAGGCUUGCGAAUUCCGCAUUGUCAUCGAUAUGCGUUACAUGGUCCACUUCAACUUCUUCGGCUGUGUCUUAACGCCUCUCAUCAUAAUGAUAAUCCUCUACUGCUACAUCUUCAGCGUCGUUCUGAAGCAGAUGAGAUCGAUAGCCGAGUCGCAAAUGCAGCAAAGCAGCAGUACAUGGGCGAAGGAUAUUAAAGCGGCCAAGUGGUUUGCCGUGGUCCUCUUCUGCUUCAUACUGAGCUGGCUGCCAAUGCACACGAUCAACUGCAUAUCCGUUUUCAACAACUACACUAACUUCACGCUCCUCAACAUCGCCAUCUUGUUGACUCACCUCAACUCGGCAUUCAAUCCCGUCCUCUACGCCCUAGGAAACAGCAAGUUCGAGAUAGCUCUCAGAAAACUAUUCCACAUGAAACUAAGAACCGUCGACAACGAAAGUGAAUUCGGUUGA